GCCAUGUUUGCUUGACGGGUGGCUGAUUUUCUUUCAUGCUCUUUCUUUGUUUUUUAUUUUCUGCCCUGGACUGGAGAUCCGGUUCAUCGCGCCGACGUUUGGCUCGGAAGUGUCGCAGAUUUAUCGCUGCUGACAUCUGUCCCCAGCAGGGUUACUUCAACACCUCGAUGCGACUGUCUUGGCAAUGAAGCUAAAAUACUAUGGCCAAUUUCAUCGAUCCAACAUCGUGCCGGCGUCAACAGCGCGAAAAGACACGCAGGAAGUUUAUCAUAGUACGGCGAGAUCAAGUGAUUGUCUGAUCACUCACAGGACCAUUCGGCGGAAACUCUCAAAUGAAACAACAGAACUUGGCCGACCAUGAAGUAUUGCGCAAUCGUUAUCAAACACCAGGCAUCUUUGCAGCCGGCCGAGAAGAGCGGAUCUCUUGGAUUGUUUGACCGUCAGACUGUUCAAUGGAACAGUCGUUGGAGGCUCACUCAUGCCCAUGCAGCGCAUUUCGGCCAGAGUCCACAUCCCACACCGCGUCGCCGAAUCUCUCUCUUGGAAUAUUUUCAUAUUGGGAGUUUGUCCGGCUGGGCGCUCCAUGAUCCAUCAAUCAUCAGUCCGGGAGGCCAACCAAACAAGCCAACAACAUGCAAGACCAACACUCAUCCCGAACCUACAGUCUUACAUCGAUAAUGAGCGCGGGCUGAAGAGUCGUACCCGACGUGGGGCCAUCCCGUUGAGCGAGCUUUGAGAUGAAGGGGUGCAGCGAAUACGCAGCUUGGCAACGCAACGUCCAGGGCCCCCGACGGUGCCCACAUCACGCGCAAAAAAUUGUGCCAAUUGUGGUCUUGAGCUCCUCAAAUUCCCUUUCGACCAUGCCAACUCCAACGGUCAUCCAGCGUCGAGCAUAUCCCGCCCGGGCUUGGCCCUAGCAGAAAGAUCAAAGGUCAUCUCAAUUAUCCCAAUGCCCAAGAAAGCCAAUACUUGUUGGCCUUUAUUCGCGGCGACGGACCCAUAAGUUUAAACUGAUAGAGAAGGUGAACGCCCUGCAACUCCCGGGGCCGCUUAGGACUGCGGACGGGUCUGCUCUUACGAAUUCAAGCUAGUCUCUACGGAUACUCAGAUACUAGCACGACUAGCAACGGAGCGGCGUAGCACUUUAGAAGCGAAGCAGGCCCGCCGUCUUUCAAUCUUCUUAAGACGUGCCAAGACGUUGCCAAGACGCGUACGUGGAGAGCCUCAACCGUCGUUCUCGUCACUCACUGGAUCCGGACCUUAUUUCUCCAUCCUCCGUCCAACAUCCCAUCCACUUCUUCGCCAGAACGGGCCAAGCAGGCGGAGAUGAACCGUAGAGGGGGUGGGAUGCGACGAUACUUGGCUCAUAAACAAGCUGCCACUAUGCUGACGACGACCUCGAGAUAGCCGCUGGCGUAUCUGCCAUUGCAGAGUACUGGGCAGGGCAUAGAAGCACAUCAUAUUCCUCUUCGACAACGGUGGACUUGUCCGACAUGGUGCGGGCGGUGCGGGAUGAGAAACAAGAUGACCAUGAUGGAUCUCUAGUUCCUGGAUACUUUCUGCUCUCCCCUUGGCUUCCACUUGGCAAUCCUCUGCCUUUCUUUCCAACCCCUGAUUCCCUGAUCUCCCGGCCUUAAGCCCAGUGCUGUUCAUUGCUCCAAUCUGCAAACCCCUCGUCCUCGCAGUCGCCAUGCUCUACUUGGCUAUCCCCAUCUGAUCAUUCUGGUGAUGAUCAAUAAGCGCAACCCCCCCACUGUCGUCCCUAAUCACCCCGACUCAUCCAACUCAUCCCAGAACCCCGUCGAUGGAUCCUUCGUUGCACGGUUGCACCGUUUCCCCCCCGUCGGGUGCUCUCCAGCAAACAUGGAGGCGCAGACGAACCGGCUUGUAUCCGAUCUUGGAUUAAAAAGAGCUCCCUUCCCCCCAGCCUUAGCCGUCUUUUGAGGAAGCUUGGCGACUCAGAUCUGGCUCCUUCAUCCGCUUGCUUCUCAAUCUCCUGUCGUGAUUUCCGAAUCUCGACAUAGUCACUCUUUUGAACCCCCCAAAGCAAAGCAAAACCCCUCAUAUCAAAGCCCAUAAUGAAGUCCGUCCUCUUCUUCGCGACCGCCGCGGCGGCCGCCGGUCCUUACCUCGCCUGGACCGCCGACUCGUUCACCAAGCACGAGAUCGACAACAAGAAGCCGUACCACUACACCAAGGCCGUCCUCUAUGACGGCUUCGAGGCCGCCAUCGAGCUCACCAAGGACGAUGCCCUCGUCGACUGGUACCGCAGCCGUAUCGAUGACCUCGUCGUCCAGUCCAACGGCAGCAUCCUGAACUGGAAGCCCACCACCUACUCCCUGGACGAGUACCGUAUCGGCAACAACAUCCUCUGGUGGUACGAGCGCACCGGCGAGGAGAAGUACAAGACCGCCGCCAGAACCAUCCGCGACCAGCUUGUCGAGCGCCACCCCCGUACCGACGAGGGCGGCUUCUUCCACCGCAGCCCCGACUACGACUACCAGAUGUGGCUCGACGGCAUCUUCAUGGCCGACACCUUCUACGCAAAGUGGACUUCCCUCUUCGACAAGGACAACACCACCGCCUGGAACGACAUUGUCAACCAGUUCGAGGUCAUUGACAAGCACACCCGCAACUACACCACCGGUCUCCUGUACCACGGCUUCGACGAGAAGAUGGAGGCCGUCUGGGCCAACCAGAUCACCGGCGCCUCCCCGCUCACCUGGUCCCGUGCCGUCGGCUGGUACGCCGUCGCCCUCCUCGAGGUCCUUGAGCUCCUCCCCCGCGGCCACCCCGGCGUCACCACCCUCUCCCGCUUCUUCGUCACCCUCGCCGAGGGCCUGAAGAACGCCCAGGACAGCACCACCGGCGGCUGGUGGCUCAUCAUGGACAGCCCCUACGUCGGCCGCCCCAAGAACUACAUCGAGUCCUCCGCCUCUGCUCUCUUCGUCUUCUCCUGGCUCAAGGGUAUCCGCCUCGGCCUCCUCCCCGAGCGCCGCUUCUUCCCCGCCGCCGCCAAGGGCUACCAGGAGCUCACCACCUUUGUCGUCGAGAACGCCAACGGCACCGUCAACUGGAACGGCACCGUCGAGGUCGGCUCCCUCAAGAGCAACGCCAGCUUCGAGUACUACACCUCCGUCCCCAUCGCCAUGAACGACUACAAGGGUGUCGGCCCCUGGAUGUUCGCCUCCUACGAGUGGGAGACCUUCAACCAGACCUCCGCCGGUGGUGGCAGCCGUCCCCGCGGCCCCGGUCGUGGUGGCCCUCGUGGCCCCCGCGGUCCCCGCACCUUCAACCGCCGCUACCACUUUUAUGAGAGUAUAGAUGGAAGUGUCUAG